AUGCUUAUCUCGCCCGUCUCUGUUUCAGGAGUUACGAUGCACGGGCUGAGUCACCUGCAAUCCGGCUCAACCCUGGAGGCGCUUACGCAGGCAACUAUCAUUCUCAUCCUAGCGGUCGCCAUCAUCGUAGCGAACCUCAUCGUAGUUGCCACAUAUCUUAACUUUAAGGGUCCGCAUGAGGUCAUAAACUAUUACCUGCUAUCGCUGGCCGUUGCCGAUUUACUAUGUGGUCUGCUGAUAGUGCCUCUGUACGUGUAUCCGACCUACUAUGGCGACUGGGUGUACGGGAACGUGGUGUGUAUGAUGCUUGGGUACCUGGAGGUCACCCUCUGGUCCAUCUCAGUGUACACCUUCAUGUGGAUUUCGGUCGAUCGGUAUUUAGCAGUCCGGAAACCGCUCCGCUAUGAAACCAUACAGACGAAAACCAGAUGCCAAUGCUGGAUGGCCUUCACGUGGAUCUCGGCAGCGAUGCUGUGCUGUCCACCAUUGCUCGGCUUCAACAAAGCCUUCUACAAUCCAGAGACCCACAUCUGCAUGCUCGAGUGGGGCAACAUGGCUGCCUAUAGUGCAACGCUGGCAAUCCUGGUCCUGGGGCCGAGUGUAAUCUCGAUCGUCUACAACUAUGGCUAUAUCUUCACGAUGAUGCGUAAAGUGCGAUCGGGAGCACCGAUCCAUGAUAAGGAGUACGCCACGGCACUGGCCGAAAAUCUGGCCAACCCGAGCCACUGUAUGUCAUUCGCAUUGGUGUUCUCCUUCUGGGUCUCGUGGGGACCGUACAUCGGGCUGCGGAUCUAUGAGCUAGUGAUGGAGGAACGGUACGACAACCCGAUGAUCCAGUUCGGUGCCGUCUGGCUAGGGAUUCUGAACUCGUUCUGGAAAAUCGUCAUCAUGACCAGCAUGUCGCAGCAGUUUCGUCUGCUGGUGCGGUUACUCUUCCUCACCAUUUGCUGCAAAACCAAGGGUCGGCUGCAAGCCGAACUGAUCGGGCUCGAUCCGGACGACUAA